UAUAUAUCUAUUUUGAUGUCUCAAUUUCUGUCAUCAUUCAAUUGCCAAUAAUCACCUGUGGUGCCCCUGGUCACAGCCCUUCUCAUCUGUCAUGUGUAGUGUGUUAUGUGUAUUUUUCUAGAGCGAAACUUAUUGGGUUUUUUAUCGAAGUUCGUUCGAUAUUGGAUAAACAGACAUAAAUGUGAGGAUGGCGAUUUGUUUGCGCACAUUUUCACAUAAAGUACUGCCUAUCAAUGGUAUUGCCUCGACCAAAAAUCAUUCCAACCGUUUGUCCCGAAAAAUUCCUAUUCGGACACAAUUUUUGGAAGAUUUCCUGAAUAAACGACGUAUUUCUAGCUACCAGCUUGCUCCUAGACAUACUGUAGACCAUAAUAUAGACGACAUUUAUGUCCAUGAACAUGCGUUAUCAAAUAAAACGAAACAGAAAAUUUACCUAACCUUAAAUGGGACAGGUGAUAGUAUUAGACAAAAUUAUGACAAUUUAAAUUCUGUUCAGAAUUUUAGUGAACUUGGUGUAAGGUCAGUGGAGAUUAUAAGUGAUGAUUAUGUAGAACCAAGGAGGCUACCUUACACUUUGAACAGUUUGCCAUCUAUUAAUAUGAAUUAUAUAGAUUUUACCAAAUAUAAUGAGGAAAUAGAACCAACAUGUCUAUCUGACUUUGAGAGGGAUGCCAUAGCUUUCUGUCAAGGGCCAGUUACACCAUCACUGGCAAAUCAGAGCCCUGCUGAAGAAGGAAAGCCCAGUGAAGAGCAAUUGAUGAAAGUAUUUCAUGUGCUGUCAACUAAUAUGCCAGAAUUGUUCUUCAAACCUAUAGACUACUCUAUUUAUCAUCCAAACUUAGUGUUUGUAAACAAUAUUAGGGGUGUCACAACAGUAGGUUUAAUACACUAUGUAAAGCAAGUGGCCUUACUAAGAACAAUAGGACAUAUUAAGUUUGCAUAUAUAAAACUGGAUGUUAUGAAAAUUACAGCACAUCCAGAAGAUUCUACUAUUAAAAUGAGAUGGCGUAUAAAAGGCAUUUCUGGACUAAAAGUAUUCUUUAUGUUUUGGAAAUACAAACUGUGGAAUAUGAAAGAAGUUUUCCAGGAUCAGGAAAUGUGGUAUGAUGGUUUUUCAACUUUCUAUGUUGGCUCAGAUGGACUCAUUCACAAACAUAUUGCAGAUAAAGUAAUGCCUGACCAAGAUACAAUAAUAGAUGAUGAAGAGAAAGCACCAAUUGCUGCCAAACUAGCUCUUCUUGUAGGACUUAUUCCCCGUAAUUACCUCUCUGAUGUCACACCAUAUUUUACUACUUCUGAAGGAACAGCUGACAUAUCCCCAUUGCCCUAUAAAAUUUUAUAAAAUGCCCUUUUAAAAUUAUGGGAAUAGGUAGCUUCUGUUCGAAUAUAUUAACAUUUACCAAUUUCAGAAGGAAUUAAUUGUUACAAUCGAUCACCUGUUUAGGCUUCUUAUAUUAUUUGCUAUUUGCAUAAAUAACUAAGAAAUUAAUGAACUCCCAAAUAUAUAUUUGAUUUAAAGGCCUUAAAGCGCCUAAUAUAAUAUAAGUUCCCAGUUAAUUAAAAAAUCCAAAGUAAUGAAAGAGUUUAAAUUAUAUAAUCUGUAGUUAUUAUUUUUAUGCAUAUUGCUACAUCAAAUAGACAAAAUUUUAUGAUAUAAUGAUUUGCAUACUUUACUGCUGAUGGUGGCAAUAUUUGUAUUCAUUUUUAUUUCUGUAUAAACAUUGCAGUUUUGUGGUCUUUAGCUGUGAGACAUGGGUUGUUUUACAAGUUACAAAACUAUUAUUGAUUAAGCAGCAGCAAAACGCUACUGGUUGGGUCUCCCAAUGAGUCAUUUGGUGACUUCUAUUGCCCCUUCUAUUUUUUUUUGGUCCUAAUACUCUAUAAUGGAUGCUUAAUGACUUGUGAUAACAUUAUUUUAAUUUAACAGUAUUUGGCUUGCUAUAAAUGCAAUUUAUGGCAGGAAUCUAAUAAUUCUCGCUUCUCUCUUGUAAAGUUGUAUAUUUAUUUAGUUGAUUCCCAUCAGUAUGUAGUUUAUAUACAUGUUAAUUAAUGUAAUAGAUAGUUACUGUGUA